UGAGAUGCAAUGCAGGUUUGUUUUUUAGUGAAAAUGCAAGAGGCAUGGAUUGGUCGAGCAAAGGCAGACAGUGUUGAGCUGAAGUACAAGCCAAAGUCUUCUCAUGUUGCACGUAUAGUCGGAGGAGUAGAAUUUGCACGCCCAAAGCCGUUUCAAAUUGUUCGCCAGUCAAUGCCAUAUGGAACAAUCUCUGGUGAAGCUGGUUUGUUUUUUAUUGGGUAUGCUAGUUCACCCAAAAAUUUUGAGUUUAUGCUCAAUCGCAUGGUUGGUGCUGAUCCUGAUGGUCUAAGUGAUGACAUCAUGAGAUUCACCAGGUGUGUUGCUGGAAACUACUGGUACUUUCCUCCUAAGGGUGAUCUGAAGAAGCUGGCUUAGAAUGGUACUAUCUGUUGAUGUCACCAGUUUGAAGAAGACACUGAUUUGCUUUGUUGUUACUCUUCUGUAGCGUUGAUUAUGCUAUUACUAUUUUCGUCAUUUUAGUGUUGUUAUAGCGCGGCUCUUUCUUAUUAUUAUUAGUACCAGGCAUCAUGCAACUAUCAAA